GUGUUGUGGCAUCGAAAGUAGCAGGUGAAGAUCGACUGCCUCAGUGUGUGUUUCGGAAACCAAGUGCUGCGUAUGCGUCGCCGGAAAGCAACAGGAAAGGUUUUCGAACGGAAGUGCGGUUCGGCGGGGGGAGGCCGCACCGACGACGAGUGACGUGUCCUCCUGCUGUCGACAGUCCAGCAUCAAUUUGCAUUCUCGCCGCAACACCUGCAGCGACCAUGGAUACGCUAGAGCUUUUCCACGCCGACGAGCUAGUCCCGGAAAAUUGCCUCGACACGGAAUGGAUUGAUGAAGAUGAAGUGUUUGCAAUCCUGAAACAAUGGGAAUCGCGGAGUGGCAACAAAGGGAAAACGGCGAUGACCACCACCGGCAACACCUGGAACAGCAGCGGUGGUGGCAGCAAUAGCAGCACCAUCAACAGCAGCAGCAGCAGCAGUAAUGGCACUAUCAUCAACCAAUCAUCCUUCAACAAUGAUAGCAACAUUAGCCCGAAACCGGGUUCCAAGUACGUUGACACUCGAACGUUCGUUAGACCGAAAAAGAAACUGGAAGCUAGUCCACUUCUAAACAUCACCGCUGCUUCUUCGGAGAAUCCAGCGUCACCCUUCGCACAGCAUGAGCUCUCGGUUUCGGGAGGAUCGCCACUGCUCAAUGUGCAGAUCGGUGGUCCGGUUACGCCAUCACUGGCCAACUCAGCCACCGGCAACCGGCUGCUGAUGCAGCGUAGCUGGCUGAACGAUGUGUCCCCACCGUGCUCGAUCAUGAACUCGAUGGAGUACUCGGCGAACGAAAAGUUCACCAACAGUCUGAUCACGAGCGGUGACUUCAGCAGUGUCGGUUGUCUCCUGAACACGAGCGAUGAGCCGGUCAACGUGUCGACCAUAGCCAGCGCUAACUACAACGGCUACAGUCUGUACAGUGUGAUCGAGGAUCGGCAGCGGCUGGAGAGCCUUUGCCUGGGCGACGAAAGUACGCUCACGAAGGAUUGCAACAUUUCGCGCACCGACCUGAACGGCAUCGAGAGCGUGUCCGGGGUGAGCACCAUGGAAAACUCAUACGAAAGUGGCACGGGCAGGAGUGGUGGCGGCAGCGGUGGUGCCGGCAGUGGUGUGGCCGGUUCUGGUAAAUCCUCGUUCGAAGAGGACGAAUCACCAAACGGUGCAGAGAUCAACUCCACGAUAGUAUUGGCGGCGUCAAGCGGAACAGGAACUGCGAAUGAUACGUUCCCUCUCCCGGAAGCACCACCACCGUUGGAGCCAGAAGCCGUCUUGAUGGCGAACCUUCGUGCAACGAUGCUGAACGGAGGGACGUACGAUGCGCGACGCCCUCGAAACUUUAACACAUACCGCAAACCACGUUCGUCGUUGAACCAAACAUUCGAUGCCCUCCCCAAAGUGGACCCGGAGCGAAAUGAUGCAGAGCAAACGUUUAAUGCGUCGGCUUCCGGCACUGCCAAGCACACCGUAAUGAACAGUACGUUCGGGAUCGUUGGCGAAGGGAAUCGGGAGGCUGGCGGUGUCAACACAACGUUCACGUGCAACAGGACGAACAACCUCAACGAAACGUUUCCGGCAGCCAGCGUAGGAGACAAGGACAAUGUUCCGUUGCUCGACCUAACGUUCGAUGCACCACCGUCGGAGUACAAAGUUCCUUUCGGGCGCACGUUUAAGCGUCGGUCACGUCCGAAUGGAACGCUGACGGAAGAGGAAGACGAUCCCAAGCUGGUUAGUCCGUUGCGCCCGGAGACAGUUGGGUUGGUAGAGGUGGGAGCAGAUGGAAAAGCGAUUCCACACACACCGAACGGGCUGGUUAAAGCAAAUGCGGACGCCUCACUGAUGUUGGUCCAGUCUACGCCCUUCCAUGGCCCGGUAAAGCGUGCCGUGGGCCCAGAACCUAUGCUCAAUUUCGAUGGUGAUGUGUCACCGAUUGCUUCAACCGCGAAGCCGGUCUCCAACGAGGCGGCACUUCAGACUCCAACCGGCCCCACCAAUACCACUACCAGUGGCAUAGUCCGCAACGUUGUCCGAAGAAGUCGCAACCUUGAUCAAGAUUUGCGCUCCGAGGGCAGCCCGAAGGUAAUGGAACUGGACGAAUUGGAAACGGACGAGUUCGAUGUCCAGAUCAGACGCCUUCCGGCUUCUGGGGGCUCGAAGGCGGACAUAUCGAACUUCCUGGAUGCCGAGAAGCGCAUCUCACUGCAGCACUUCGAAGAGUUCGAAAAGUCCAUCAUGGAGAGCGAACACAGUGGCCUCGACUUUGACGAGGUGCUCAACUCGCUAACCGCGGAUGUACGACGGUCCGGUGAAAGCAGUGACAAGCUGCGUCAGUCGCUCGACAAUAUCAAGAAGCGUCACUCGCGCAUCAAUCUCGAAAAGCAGCAACAGGAUGAACUCAAGCGCAAGCUACAUCAGCAAUCGAUCGAGUCGGGCGACGACACUCCUCCACCGCCGCUCGACAACAAGUUGGCGGAUUCGAUGACCAAAAGCACCGGCAUGUCGUCGUCGAGUGGCAGUGAACGGUUGCUGAAUCGACGAAGCCGAUACAACGAGGAUGCGAACCUGACGUUCGCAACGUCACAGCCGGAGCAAAAGCAACUAAACACAACGAUCACCGUGUCAAGUGGAUCCGGCGGAGAGGUUGAAGAGACCGGGGUAGCGGAUCGUGUCUCUACUGGCCCUGAGGUAGAUUCGUACGAUCGUAAAAACCGGGAUCGUUUCAAGACAAUACGCAUCAUCAAACGGUGGGAAGAUGGGCUGCCGGCACCCGCGCUCCCGGAUGCGGAUCAAACGGAGCCAUUGGUACUACCAUUCUCAGGCCCCGAGCCGGUCGGAAACGGGUUUGUGCUUGCUGCUGCUCCCCUCAACAGUACCAACGUUAGUGCCUUUAGUCGGGUGGAUCAAAAUUCACUGAAAACCGGAACGGCAGGUGACCGGAUGACGGGAAGGGGAGCAGGAAAUAAUCACCUAAUGAUGAAGACUGACCCAAAAGGACCACCACUGGUGUCCAGAGGGGAUGAAAUGUUUAAGAAACCGCAAGCAAUCGUGCAACCGGUAGCGGGCAUCGUUCGCAGCAAUCUCACGAAGCAGCAACCACGCUACUACGGGGCUGGGACGGGGCUGACGGGCGCAGGUGCUUUGGCCCACCGUAAGGACCUAACGCUAGCCCUAGGCAACAAGUCCAGUUCAACGGAUAGUCUCGAACAGCAGCGGCCUGCCUUUGGAGGUGACUGUCUGCCGCAGCAACAGUCGCGACUGACCGCCAUUUCGAAGCUGGGCGGUGGAAGUGGUGGUCUGAUCGGUACCGGGCGAUACUCCCAGUACACGGGCCUACAGAAGCCACAGCAACCAUCGCUGCUGCAGCCGAAGCAACAACAGCAGCAACCGGCACCAGCACUCAAGUCGCCGAUGGGGACAAAAUCGAAAUCCUACCACAGUCUCACUUUCGCCCAGGCCAAUGCCAGUGCUUACGGCGGUUCCAGCGGCAAUCUGUCCAAGGUGCAUGGAUCGUCCGGUUUGCAGCUAAAACUGAAGCACAAUGCCAGCAACACAGAGCUGAAAAGUACCAUAUCCAAACGGUACUCGAUGCAAUCCAGUCCACUGCAUCACCCAUCGUCCGGCACGAGGACAGUACAGCAAACAGCAGGAGCAGCAGCAGCAGCAGCAAUGCCGGGAGCAACCGGAGCAAGGGGAGGAAUGGGACGGACCAGCUUACCGCUGGUACGACCGAACCAGUUCCUCCCGAACAACAGCGGCACCGCUGCUUCUGCCGUAGCUAACCAAACUACCACUACUCUUUCCGGUGUACAAAUGCGCACAGCCAGUGGUUUGGCUAAAACGUCCCGGCUCGGGCUGGUACGGCCAUCGUCCGGAUACUUCAGCUACAGCACGCACCGUAAGCACCCGGAUUCGGACAACGAGUCCAUCAAUAGCCUGUCCUCCUCAUCCGCUAGCUCUAGAGGCAGCCUGUAUCGUGUAGAUAGUCAAAGUAUAGCAAACAAUGUACAAACCUUUACCAACACCACGAGAACCCACAGCACCGACGAUGUGAACGGCGCUGGCGUGGCGAAUAGUAAUGGUUUGCUAGCAAGACUUAAUGGUACUGGUGGUGGUCUAGCCGCAGGGUCGUCCGUAGUGGAAGUCAACGCCGAUCACGGGGUGCCUGGAACGAUCGGUUCCGGCUUGAAGCAGCCGGCGAAUGGAGUGAAACCGUCCGGAUUGAGACCCCCCUCGGCGCUCCGAGCUCCGGCGGUGCGCAGUGGGCUACCACGCCCGACCAGCUACAUCCGGCGAUAGACGGAACCCCGAAUGGAAGCGCCGUAGGAUCUCGAGAUAGUAGAACGGGCAACUUAAAAAUCUACGAAAACCGUCUCCAUUGCCUAUCCGGCGCGCUUUCCUCUACAGUAUUUCCGUAUCGAGUCUUAGCCCGACAGCCAAUACAGCACACUCCAUACUCUUAUAAUCCUUCCUCUCUCACUAUUCUCUUUAUAAUUCCUUCGAAAACGCCAUUAGUUUGUAAUGUUUUUUGUCGACCGCAUAUUUUGCGGAUACCCUUCCUUACAGUGGCUUCCCUUUCCCUGGGGAGUAAUCAUGCGACAAGUGUUAGGGGUCACUCCACUUCUACCGCCAUCAUUAAGAUCGAUGAUGAGCGUGUAUCGAAGGGCAAAGGACCGAAAAAAAUCGAACUAACAAACCCAGCCAGAUAGCAUUCAAUCGAACAAUACUAUUACUUAGAAUACAUUUAAGAUAGAUGUUGGCCAAGGAUUUUGUUGCUGGCGAAAGUGCGCACUCGUCCUCCGUAUCUUUUACGCUUUAAACUGUUCACUCUUUAUCCUGUUAACACGAAUAUCCUGUAUUUCUUCACCAUUAGACUUCUUUAGUGUAAGAAAUAAAUCGAUUGGUUAAUCUGGUCCCCACAAAAGAGAGGUCUACGUAUUUUUGUCCCUCUCAAAUUAGUUGGUCAUUGGAUUGUCUAGACAUAUGAACCGCGGUUUUAAAUUCGUUAACGAGAAUCGUUAUCGUUUGUGAUAAAUCUGAGCUUUCGUUGCAUCUUUCGACACUGCCCCGUUGUCGUAUUUGUUAUUGGUUCAUUUCUACGCUGCCACUACACUACAUCCGCUUCUAUCUCCUUUGGUAUGGUCCUCCGGGUUGUACUCUUAGGCACGGAACUCAAUGACACGGUCACAAGGAGAUUCAGAAAACUAGGGCCCUAAAAGACCGUACCGUUACAAGAUUGUAGGAAUUGAGUUGAUAAAAACCAGUAACUAUCGAUGCCGUGGAGAUGCCGACAAGUAAAAGACUUUGCAACAUUGCUCUCAAUAACGUAGUUAAAGGCCAACAAACCUUUCAAUCGCGAAUUGUUAAAAUUAAAUCAAUCAUCUGCUAGGCUAAGUGAUGUAAGGAUAUCGUCGCGUGCGAUUAUAAGCAAACAAAUGAUACUAACCAGGGAGCGGAGUACAGAAAUAAUGGACGGUAGGGGACGUGGCAGCGGGCUUCAGGAAUUGUGCAUCAGGCCCUUCUACCGUAGGUGUACAUGGAUCUAUACAUAUACACGUAUUUAUACAUUAAACUGAACCCUCUAUGUAGGACAAAAUGACGAUCUGUUUCACUACACAUAAUAAUAUCACCUGUGAGAAGG